AAAACUACAAACUGACCGGCUUCCGCUGGAGGGGUUUGUGUUGGGUUUUCACUCAGCCAGCAGGCAGCCAAAAUGUUGGCCAUCCUGUCUGUGCUGAUUUUAUACCUUUGUAACCCCGUUUUUGGCGUUUUUCAGAAACUUUACUGCACAAUUUCAGACAGCUGCGAGUGCGACUUCAAACCGAAGAUCAGAGACCUGGAAUGGGAUCUCUACAAGAAUCUUUACGGUCAGCACCUGGCCCAGGACAUCGUGUCAGAGGAGGUCUCUAAAUUCCUUCAGAAUAAAAACCCAGAGCGGCCGCUGGUACUUUCCUUCCAUGGCUCCUCUGGGACGGGAAAGACGCUGGUCAGCUCCAUGCUGGGAAAUCAUCUGUACGGCUCGGCCAUGAGCAGCCCUUACGUCCACCAGUUUGUCCCCACGCUGCACUUCCCCUUACCUGAGCGCGUCCAGGAGUACAGGGAGGAGCUGAAGAGCUGGGUGAAGGGGAACCUGACGGAGUGCGCUCGCUCUGUCUUCUUUUUCGACGAGAUGGAGAAGAUGCCUCCGGGUCUCGUUGACGUCCUGGAGCCCUUUCUGGGUCCUUCUCAUGUUGUGUUUCGCACAAACUACCGCAAGGCCAUCUACGUCUUCAUCAGCACAACAGGAGAGGAGGUGAUCAACACAGUGGCUCUGGAGAACCGGCAGGCCGGACGGGACAGAGAGGAGGUCAAACUGUCCGACCUGCAGGAAGGCAUCGCACAGACCGUUUACAACAGCAACACCAGCGGUUUCUUCCACUCCAGUAUCAUCCAGCAGAAGCUCAUCACGCGCUUCGUUCCCUUCCUGCCGCUGAGCCGGCGACACGUGGAGCGCUGCGCCCGCUCUCAGCUGUGCCAACGAGGCAACUGUGACCGCGAUGACGUGGUGGAGGCAGUAGGGGGCGACAUAGUUUACACUCCGGUCCAGGGCCAGUAUUUCUCCUCCACGGGCUGUAAGGCCAUCCCCGCCAAAAUCAACUUCUUCCUCUGAGCAAAGGAGGAAACGUUUUUUUAAGGACUGAAAGGGAAAAGAUUCAGAGACCGUCUGGAUCAGUUUCUCUCAUACAGAGGUCAGAGCAGACUCUCUGGAGCAGGGGGGUCUUUCUGCACGUGGACUCAAGGGGAUUCAAACUCACAAUCCAGAGAAUUCAAUUUGUGCCGAGUUUCCCUGAAGGCAUCGCUGCGUAACAGUCGUCCAAGUGUUAGUACAGGAGAGUUUAUUCCCUGAAUAUCAUUCAGGGUCAGACGUUCUGCCAGCUCUACCUCACACCGGCUCCACCUUUAAUCCAUGAGUUGUUAAGGUGCUACAGGGUGGUCUUAUGUUUCAGCAGCAGCUGAAUGCAAUUCAUUUUAAAAUGUAUUCCUCUUUAACUCAUCCCUCCUCCUUUCACUUCAACUCAGUCUGUAGGAAACAAAAAGAUCCUCAACAGGUGACACAGCAGACAAUACAAAUCUGUUCUUUGUCAUUUAGUCCCUAAAAUGUGUCAAAAUAAGGUCCAGGUUUAAAAAAAGAAAACGUAAUGACCCCCCAGUAAGACCUCAGAUCUUAAUAUAAGCUGCCUGAUUAUUUAAGACUUUCUCUGAUCAUUUAAAGUCUGAUUGAAGGUUUAGCAGCAUGCAUCCUGUGCUGUAUCAAACUUCAUACAGUAUAUUAUAGUACAAUAAUGUUUAAUUUAAUUUAUUCUGAAAGGUGUAACCUUCACUGAAGUCUUACCUGAAGAGUGCCAUGUUGAUUUAAAGAACACAAAGAAAGAAAUGGAUGGACUUCACUCGAUCAUGUUGUUGCUCUGCUGCCGUCCAGAUGAGAUGAGACGCUGCUCAUCCUCAGCUCCGCCACCAGGGGGCAGCAAAGCCCGCUUAUUGUUCUAAGUAGAAGAGGUGAAACAGAGUUCACCUGCAGCUCAGAGAGAGUGAGCUCUGUCAAAAGAUUGAAUUUAUCUUCUUUUUUUUAAAUAGUAACAUGUACUGUAAAAAGUAUUUCCUGUGUGUUUAAACACAAAGUGCACUUUAUGUUUCAUGGAGGAUAAAAUGGACCUGAUGUUUUUAUUAGGAUGAAGAGCAGUUUUCUGUCUGUGUGAGUGUUUGAAUGUUUGAGCUGCUUAACUAUGUAAUUAAAUCCAGAAGUAUCCCCUCCAGAUCAAUAAUUGUGAAAACAUAAAUUAUUUGUUGUAUUAAAAAACAAAACAGCAAGUCAGAUAAUGAAAACAUAAAGGAAAUCAAUACAUUAAAUAGUGAUCAUCGGGGUGUUCAGGUGUCCUCCAUGAGCUCUGUCACAGUUUUCACUUCCUGGAUGUUGGUGACUGAACGUUGAAGUCAAACUCAACGUCUGGUAUGACGAUGUAACGAGAAAAAGAAUAAAGUGAUGCACAGCUGA